AUGCAUUUUAAAUCUUUUGCCGUUGCGGCUCUUGGCCUUGUUGGUGCGGUUACUGCUCAACGUCCCACAGAUACUAGUAUUUGCGAUUAUUAUACCACUGCUCUCUUCAAGAAUAAUACUGCCGACUCUCAACAACAGUUGAUGACACGCAUUGUCAACAUUGCUCUUAUUGGUAAUGGCCAUUAUAGUCGCCGUAGUGUCAAUGUCACCGGUAUCAUCUCCACUGGUACCUACAAUGGUAUCAAAGUCAGUUUAUUACCAUAUUUUGACGGUGGCUUGUUCUCUACAAACGGGGGAGGAAAGCCCAUAUCUGUCAACUUCCUCGAUGGUGGUGGAUCGGGCACUCUUAUGUCUUACAAAGCUGCCGAUUCCAUGUCGAGUAAUCAAUAUUUCCUCAUGACCCAUCUCUACCAGUACUUUGGUGUACUACUUGGAUGCUCCAAGCAAGGUGGCACUAACUUUCCGGCGUAUUCUGGUUCUGAUUCUCAGUAUAAGGUUCACAAGUUCAUGAAUCUCUCCGAUGCUGAAGUUAAUUACUUCAUUGAACAAGUUGCACUAUCCGCUUCAUUUUUUGGCGUUUCUGCCUCAGAUCUAAUGAUCAUCGGCUAUUCACUUCGGCAAUCAUUCGGUUAUCGUUGCCUGCCGCCUGCAACUAUUGUUCCCAGUCAAGGGGCCCAGUUGCAAUCUAUUUGCACCGACCCUACAUGUCCUCUUGCAUCAAACAAUACUUGCGCCUCAUACGACCAAACCAUCACCAAGCCUAAGUUGGAGCCAUGCUAUGUUGCCGAGGCCGCUUGCAACAAAGUACCAGGAACCUACGGCUAUCUAUGCCAUAACGAUUACCUGCUUUGUAGAGCUUCAGGUGGAAUCAAGACCAAUGGCACAACUUCACCAUCCAAUACAUGUUCAUGUUCUGGUUCUGGUCCAUGUUUGUGUUCAGCUUCGGGCUCGGGCUCAUGUCCAUGUUCGAAUUCGGGCUCGUGUCCAUGUUCGGCGCCUAAAACUGGGUCUGGCACAGGCUUUGGAACGUCAUCUAACAAGACAUCUGGUAGUGGCUCAAGCAAGACAAAUAGCACAAGUUCGGGUUCCGGUUCUGGUUCUGGCAGCAAGACGAAUGGCACCACUACUGCUGCUAAACCAACUCAACUCACAGCUGGUGCUGCUACUGUUGGAGUGAGCUUUGCAGCCAUAGCUGGUGGUCUUAUUGCCUUUUCCUUAUGUAACAGCUUGUCGAUGUCUCUUCUUUUGAGUCGUAUGAGCGCUUGUGGAGAUGAUGGAAGAAGAGAAAGGAGGAAGAAAUGGAAAGACGUAUAUUGGUGCUGUGCUGGACGGGAUCCAAACAAGGACAAGAAGCUUCUAAGGUAG